CACUUUCAACCAGUUCAUUAGCAUCCCUGCUAUCAUCCACUUCCUCCUCAUCUUCUUCAUGAGCUGCCAGAUGAGAUACAAUGCUAAGGAACUGGCUUCACUUGCUAGAAGGCCAUCAACUUUUUUUGACAAGGAAGGAAAUCUGAAGAUUUGCAGAGUAUUCGGGGAUGGUAAAUGUAUAGAGCCAAAGGAGAGAUGGUGCCGUCUGAAAGGAAAUCUGUUCUUUCUAAUGAAAAAUAAGACCAAGAGUUCUGAAGCCUUGGAAGUAAUCAUCCUGGAGCGGUGUUGUAUUGUUCAGUGCAGGAAUAAAGCAGAUGUUUCAAUAAUUCUCAAGUUUCAGAGUGGAGAACCCGAUAUUUACCUUGAAGCUACAUCAAGGGUUGAUUGUGAAUCUUGGGCUGUGGCGCUUGGAAAGGCCAAUUCUGAAGGUCUGCGCAAUAAGAUUGUGCAGCUCCAGAGACUGAUCAUGGAAAUCAAGGAAGAGACGGCAGAUGAAGUGCAGCAGUUUCUUCCCUCGGCAGACAGUCUUGCAGAGCCUAAGUUUACAAGUCUUAAGAGCACUGCCAGUGAACCAAAGCUGGAAUUCAGUCUUGCAUGCAAAGAUCUAGUAGCUCCUACUCGUGAUCGGAAGCUGAACACAUUUGUGCAGAUCACAGUGGUGCAUCCAGGGGAACAGACGUCAGCUAGAUAUUCAAGCACAGAAAUUGUGGAGGGAACAAGAGAUCCACUGUUUCUGACUGGUGUGACGUUCCCACGGGAUUACCCUAUCUAUGAGGAGACAAAAAUAAAACUAACAGUCUACGAUGUUAAGGAUAAAUCUCAAGACACGGUACGCAUCAGCUUCCAGGCAGAACACAAAGAGCCAAGGACAGAUAUUGGGCGAAGCUUCCUGGGUUGUGCAACCUUUAAAGUAGGCGAGUUGAUGAAAUCAAAGGAACAACAACUGACUAUCAGCCUGAGAAGCUCUGAUGGUGGAAAGACAGUUGGCACUAUAGACGUCAGCCUUGUGAAGAUGGGAGAGACAGAGGAUGGGGAGUCAGAUCACAAUGCAGCAGAUGCGCAGGGACAAAAGCAUGCCUUGGUUUAUGAGUGUACAUCCCCUGAAAACAACAGUAGUAAAGACAAUUUGCCUUUAUUAAAUGCAGUAUUAAAAAACCCGAUCUGUAAGUUGUAUAGAUUCCCCUCUUCUGACAACAAAUGGAUGUGUGUUCGAGAACAGAUGUCUGAGAGCACUCUUUCUUUUCAUAUUCCCAAGGAACUCAUCAACCUGCACAUAAAGGAGGAUAUGAGAAGAAAUCAGGAUCUUAAAGAACUUGGUGAACUUUCUCCACAUUGGGAUAAUAUGUGUAAAACUGUUAUUGCACACUGUGAUCAAAUGAUGACCCUCUAUCAAGACAUGCUUGCAGAACUAGAGAAGUACACAGGUUCUUCCUUCAAAUCAAGCUGUAGUAAAGGGGAAAAGACACUAGAAUUUGUUCCAGUCAAUCUACAUCUGCAGAGAAUGUAUGUGCACAGCCCUCGGUCGAAAGAUGUUCUGUAUGAUGUCAUUACUGUGGGAGCUCCUGCAGCACAUUUUCAGGGAUUCAAAAGUGGUGGUCUUCAGAAAUUGUUGAAUAAGUUUGAGUCAGAAAGGCGAAAUACUGGUUACCAAUGUAUUUACUAUUCACCGGAAAACACAGCCAAGGCAAAAGAAGUUCUCAGUAACAUCAAUCAUCUGCAGCCUCUCAUAUCAAGCCACACAGACCUGCUGCUUAAUUCUGCCAGGCAGCAUUUGCCAGACAGCUUGAAGAAUUCCUUAAAGACACUUUCAGAAACGACAGAGUUAUUUGUGCAUGCAUUUAAGGAUCAGCUGAUCAGAAGUGCCCUUUUAGCUCUAUACAUGGCCCGCCCAGGUUGUGUCCUAAAAAGCCCAGCUGUGCCAAGUAUCAGUGUUGAAGAAAGUGGUGAUCAGCCAAAUCAGGAGCAUCCACAUGAGAUUAAAAGACAGGAUUCUAUACCUCACCAUUCAGAAUAUGAUGAAGAAGAGUGGGACAGAGUAUGGACCAAUGUAGGGAAAAGUUUAAACUGCAUUAUUGCGAUGGUGGAUAGAUUGCUUGAAAAAGAAAACAUCCCCAGUGUGGCUAAAGCAAAUGAGAGCAGUCCUUUACCUGCAGAACGUCUGGCAUCUCCUUUAAGCGGUGACUGGUAUGAACAGCUUUAUCCACUCACAGUUACACUGAAAGACUGCAUUGGAGAGGUGGUGACUAGGGCAAGGCAAUCAAUGUCUUUUGUUCUGCUUCAGGAACUUGCAUGUAGUUUGCCACAGUGUUUAAUGCUGACACUAAGAAGAGAUAUUGUCUUCAGUCAAGCACUUGCUGGAUUGGUCUGCGGAUUUAUAAUCAAAUUGCACUCUAGUUUACACGAUCAAGGCUUCCUCCAGCAGCUUCAUACAGUGGGGUUAAUAGUUCAGUAUGAAGGACUUCUCAGUACAUACAGUGAGGAAAUUGGGAUGCUAGAAGACAUGGCUGUGGGAAUAUCAGAUUUACAAAAAGUCAUAUUUAAAAUAACUGAAGCCAAAUCAGAUGAACUUUUGCCUGUUAUAACUGGAAGGCGGGGUCAUUACGUAAUAGAAAUCAAGCUUCCCCAAAAGAUGUUUGAGCUGCUUCCACAAGAAAUAAAAGAAGGAAAACCACUCCAUGUAUACCCUGUCUUCUUCAAUGUUGGAAUUAAUGAACAGCAAACACUAGCAGAAAGGUUUGGAGAUACCUCUUUACAGGAAAGUAUUAACCAGGAAAAUUUGGAGCUGCUAAAAGAAUAUUACAAGUUGUUCACAGAAAAAAUGCCUCCUGAUUGUCUACCACAUUUUCAAGAACAGAAUGACUUAAAAGGAUUACUAGAAAAUCUCCAUCAAAAUAUUCAGGCUAAAAAGAGAAAGAAUGUAGAAAUCAUGUGGCUGGCUGCAAUGAUUUGCCGCAAGCUCAAUGGAAUCCGGUUUACCUGUUGUAAAAGUGCCAAAGACAGGACAUCAAUGUCAGUGACACUGGAACAAUGUUCAAUUUUAAGAGAUGAACAUCAGUUGCACAAAGACUUUUUUAUUCGUGCACUGGACUGUAUGAGGAGAGAAGGAUGCCGCAUAGAGAAUGUACUGAAGAAUGUCAAAUGCAGAAAGUAUGCUUUCAACAUGAUACAGCUGAUGGCUUUCCCAAAGUACUACCGACCACCAGAGGGGACAUAUGGAAAAGCUGACACCUAAGCUUUUAGACCAAAAAAAAAACGGAUCACAAAGCCAUGCUUAUUAGUUGACACAAAUUGCUUUAUUUUGUGUGUGCCUCAAAUUUAAAGAGUGAAAGAGGAAAACUACAUAGGGACUAUUUUUUACCAAAA